GCUGCGGCUCGUGCGGCGGAGACGCGUCCGGAAAAGUUGUCAAGAUGGAACUGAGCGCUUUUAGCAGCACGAAGAAGGAGCCGCGCAGGAGCAGGUGAUGCAGGUGAUGGAGCCUUGAGCCACAUUUUGACGAGCCAGCCGCUAGCGGUCCGACCGUGUCCCUGCCAUGGUGUAUGGACAGACCCUCCACAGUCAAGGUGCAGAAGGGGGCUUCAUCAACCUCAACGUGGGGGGCUUCAAACAGAGAGUGGAUCACAGCACUCUUCUGCGCUUCCCCCAGACAAGGCUGGGCCGCUUGCUGUCCUGCCAUUCGGAGGAGGCCAUCCUGGAACUCUGUGAUGACUACAGCGUUGCUGACAAGGAGUACUACUUCGACAGGAAUCCCCAUUUCUUCCGCUAUGUGCUAAAUUUCUACUACACUGGCAAAAUCCACCUGAUGGAAGAGCUGUGUGUCUUCUCUUUCAGUCAGGAGAUUGAGUACUGGGGGAUUAAAGACCUCUACCUGGAUUCCUGCUGCAGCAAUAAGUAUCAGGAGCAGAAGGAGUAUGCUGACGAAAAGGACUGGGAUCGCAAGAGCGAUGAGCAGCAGCAGCAGAGCUUUGACUCUUCCUUCGAGGAGCUAUCUGUCAUAGACAGAGAUGUUGAGAAGUUCGAAGGUGCUUGGUGCUCAGAGAUCAGGAAGAACAUCUGGCUCAGGCUGGAGAAUCCUGGCUACUCUCGCUCAGCUAAGAUGAUCGCCAUCGCCUCAUUAGCUGUGGUCAUCACCUCCAUAGUGGCCAUGUGCAUCCACAGCAUGCCUGAGUUCCAACAGGUUGAUGCAAAUGAGAAGGAGAUCGAGGAUCCCGUUCUGGCUGUCUUCGAGAUCAUCUGUGUCCUCUGCUUCUCGUUGGAGUUCCUGGUGCGGCUAUUGGUGACGCCUUGCUUGCGCAAGUUCCUGGGCAACCCCCUGAACAUCAUCGACUUUGUCUCUAUUGUGCCCUUCUACGCCACGCUGGCUUUUGAGACGGUGGACGAGGAGAGCGACGAGAACGAGGACCUGGAGAACGUGGGCAAGGUUGUGCAGAUCCUGCGGCUCAUGCGCAUCUUUCGCAUCCUCAAGCUGGCCAGGCACUCGGUGGGCCUGCGCUCCCUGGGUGCCACGCUGAGGCACAGCUACCACGAGGUUGGGCUGCUCCUCCUCUUCCUCUCCGUGGGGAUCUCCAUCUUCUCUGUCCUCAUUUACUUUGUAGAAAAGGAGGAAGAGGAGUCGGAACUGCAGAACAUACCGGUGGGUUGGUGGUGGGCUACGAUCAGCAUGACCACAGUGGGCUACGGGGACACGUACCCCGUGACCCUGGGUGGCAAACUAAUCGGGGCAUUGUGCAUUAUCUGUGGGCUGCUAGUGGUGGCGCUGCCAAUUACCAUUAUUUUUAACAAGUUUUCCAAAUACUAUCAGAGGCAAAAGGCCAUGGAUGUUUAUCAGGGCAAUAACGACAUGAAGGGUCCAGAUGCUAGUCUUCCGUACUUUAACGUCAGGGACAUGUACGGGCAGAAGAUGCGCACCUUCAUGGCCAGCCUCUCGUCGCAGGGAAGCGUGAGCAGCGGUGAGGACGACACCGACGCUUCCAGCAUCCAGGACAUGGAAACGCUCUGCAAUACGGACAGACUUGCCAGCAGGGAGCCAAAGUGAGACCCGCUGUUGAAACUUACUCACACUACAAGCACUUUGUAGUUCUCAGGGCGAAGUUACUUGAUCUAAAUCCGUUCCUUGGUACUUUCCCCUGCACAGAGAAUCCUGGGAGAACUAGUUUAACUUGCGGUUAUUUUGGCUGCCAUCUCUUUACUUGCUGCUUAGGACUACCGGUCGGGGUCAUUUCCGAGGAUGCGCGAGGAAGCAGGAGAAAAUUAGCUGAAUGUAUGCAUUAAUUAUUCAUUUAAAGAGGUUAAUGAGCAUCAGUAUUUUGCCUUGAGAGAAAUAAUUUAAAACGUUUUACGAUAAAAUAAAGCUGCAGAAAGUGAAUUUAUCGGCAUGCCGCUGCAUCCCUGCCAGUACUUCAUUUGUGGAAGAGACGAAUGCAUGCGUGAUCCGACAGCCAGCACACCGUAUGGAAAUGCAGAAUGAAUAAAGUGUGGUGGACAACGAAUAUGAAUGGUCUUUUCAUUGCUACAUUUAUGUAAACUCAAGGCAUCAAACUGAAGUUAAUAAUACUUCACGU